AUGUCUGCCAUCCCAGUGUCUGAACUGGGCCUCAACUCGAGCGAGAGCAGAUAUCUCCAGCAGCAAAUUGCCGCCUCGCAGCAAGGCUCCAAUUCGUCGCGCGCUGCUUCUCACGCCUCUAGCCAGGGCCGUCUCCUCCUGGAUCCUUCUAGUUUGCAGGCGCUCAGCGCCCAUUUUGAUCGUCUGAUGUAUUCGAUUCAGCAGCGCUGGCAAUACCUCACCCAACAGACCCAAACAGCAACCCAAGUGCAGUACGACCGCGCGGGUAACGCAAUGGCAAUGGCUGACGCGGAAAUCGCCCGCUUCCGCGCCAUCCUCCGCGAAAUCGACGAGCUCGAGGUCGAAUUCGACAAAGUCCGGCGCAUUGGCGAAAUCGUAAAAGGCUUCAAGGCCCGCGUGGAUCGCCUCGAUCGCCGCAUAUAA